AUGGAAGACGUUACCGCUGCCCCUGUGGCUAUAGUCACCGGAUCUGCGUCGGGAAUUGGCCUUGCGGCCGCGAAGUUCCUGGUUGGCCGUGGCUACCGGGUCAUGAUGGCAGACUGGGACUACGACAGGGUUGUGACAGAAUCCGCUGGCAUUGGUCCUAGCACGGCGGCAAUCAAAUGCGAUGUCUCUUCGUGGGAGAGCCAGCUAGAGGCCUUCGAGAGGACGAUUGAGUUAUGGGGCAGGGUGGAUGUCGUGGCUGCUAAUGCUGGAAUUCCUGAGCAAGUCCCACUGCUCUUCGAGACCGGCUCUACACCUACAAAACCUAACACUAUCGUUGUUGAUGUCGACUUGACAGGUGCUCUCUACAGCGUGAGCCUUGCGAUUUACUUUUUCCGAAGGAACGGGGGCCGUGGGGGAAAGAUCAUUAUCACCUCUAGCCAAGUUGGCAUUCACCCUUUCCCUACCGGACCAAUUUACGGUGCCGCAAAAGCUGGGACUAUUCACCUGGUCAGGUCCAUGGCUCCUAAGCUGGCACAGGAGAAGAUAUACCUGAAUACAUUCGCCCCUGGGCUGACCAUAUCGGCAAUUACCGCCGUUGGGGAGAGCGUUUACCCCAAACACAUCAUCACACCCAUGGAAAAUCACAUGAAGGCUAUUGGUGAGUUUAUUGAUAAGGAUAUAUUUGGAUACGUGUAUGAAGUCGAUGCUGGUGGCCUUCACCAUCGCAAAGAUCCGGAGUAUUUGAGUCCAGAACAUCAGACAUGGCUGGGAGCUCCUGAAACGCAAGAAAUGUGGAAAAAGGCAGGGACCUUGGGCUCAGCCAACCUGAGCGUGUGA